AUGUCCUGUGGGAUUAUUCAUGUUGUGACGGCUACAAACACAGCACAAGAAUGUGUAGCCCUUCGAGAGCCCGGUGUUGUUAGGGCUUAUCAUCUACACAACGGAACCCAGAACAUCAAUCGACGGAUGGAUUGCCGAGCAACCUCGACCACCCGAUCUCGAUCUGCGAUGUCAUGGAGAGGUCGAGUUGAAAACUGCUCUUUCAGAAAACGCCCCGAGAAGCAGGAGCACUCCUUCAUUGCACGAGCUGUUCCGAACGAAUUCUAA